UGUUUACUUGCUUAAAUAGUAAAAUGUAUUUUGUCUUUUGUGUUAUUAAACAUGAAUUUAUGGUGAUUUUCAGCUAAAAAUGUUUCCAUCCAAACCAAUGUUUGACUAUAUGGACGAAAUUAACAGAUUAUUUCCCAGACCAAUAGAAAAUGACUUACUACCAUCACCAAGUGCACAAAGCAACACCAGCUUUCUAUCAUCACCGAUGAGCUCAGGAGUUGUCAACAGAUCUUCCAGCUCUGCAGACUCAAUGUCUCCAGAUUCUUUUCCUCACAUCUCCACUAUUCAAUCUCCUGACUUAACCAGACUGCCACAUCCUAGCACAUUCCCUGAUACACCUAUGCGAAGAUACCGUCCUAUAGUCGGUAGAAAGUUCCAGAGCACAGCACAGCCAGUGCAUCCUAAUGUAGUCCAAACAUCACCUCCAAGAACAUGGGAUCAGGACGUGGAGUUGGCUAAGACAAUCUGGCAAAAUGAUGAGCCUCUACCAUUCUCCCAUACACCCCCAAAAGAUCGCAACUUUUCUGAACAAAAAAAUUCCACACAGAAUGUGUAUUAUGAACUGUUUCCCAAUAAAAACGUAGGAUAUGAGAAUAAAACACCUGUUAAGGCUGAAGCUCCUUUGAUGACUUCCAGUUCUUGUAAUGUAUCACCAGAUUUCUCCCAAAUAAGUCGUUCACCCCUCCAAUCUCCCAUACUGCCGAAUCCAAGCCAUUCUCGUGCAAUUUCACCAAUGUAUAACGUUAUACCAAGCUCAUCAAAUUCCCCUCCUGAUAAUACAAAAGUGUGCACAUUUUGUCGAAAAAAUGGGGAGACUCCAGUUGUGUUUAUGACUCAUACAGUUAAAGAAAGAGUUGGUAACACUUUUAUUGUUUCUUGCCCGAUAUUAAGAUCACAUGUUUGCUCUACUUGUGGUGGUACUGGAGAUAAUGCUCAUACUAUAACAUACUGUCCAGUGCUUCGCAACAGAAACAAUGGCCGCCCUUUGCAGUCUACAACCAUUACACUGAAGAAUACGCGCAUUAAGAGCAAUGGUAGAAAAAGAUUUUAAUUUUAUCUAUGCCUGUCUGUAAC